CAGAUUUUUAACAUGUUGUAGCCUUGUAGUAUCUUCUGGCAUUAUUUGUUGUGUGUACUUUUUAAUACCUAUUUAGAAGUGUUACUGAAUGAACUCAAAUGACAAAUUGUUAAUGAUUUAACAUUGUUUACAGAAUGGUGAUGGAACAGUUAUUUGUGGCUGUGCUAAUGAUAUCUGCACACCUAGCAGUCUCAUAUCCUCUGACUACAGAGAGCUAUUACAUGGAUGGAGGGAGACAAUGCAGACUGUGUCCACCAGGUCAUUAUCAGAGUUCCUGUUCAGAGUGCUCUCCCUGUCGAGAUGGUUCCUACACAACACGAUUGAAUGCUGAGUCCAGUUGUCAUUCCUGCUUCAAAGACUGCAAACGUGAUUUGCACCUGGUGGAGGAUGAGCCGUGUACUCCUGUAUCGAACGCUAGAUGUCGCUGUGAGGCUGGUUUUACCUGCACCGACAAAGAAGACCAGACAGGAAACUGUAGAGACUGUGAGAAGGUCCCUCAGCUGCCCCCACCUCCCCUGCCACCUAGCAAUGUAGUGGGCAUCAGAAUCAACCAGACAGGAACUUCCUCUGAACACAGCAGGACUUCCUCUUCCGCUGGACGCUGUCAACCUCCUAACUGUGACACUCCACGAUCACCAGUCUCACAAGCAGCUGACACCAGCAAACACUUGGCAGCCAUUUUGUGCCCUAUGGUGGUCAUUGGAAUCCUAGCCGUUAUCAUUCUGUUAUGUAUCCGUCGCCCAGGAAAUGAAGCCUGUUUCAAACAAGCUCUCAAGUUCUGUAACAAGGGAGUAAGAGAAACGUCGCCUAACAAGACCAAAGAGCCACCUCAUCAGCACAAUGCCAGAGAGACACAGCCCAGUAUUAAGCACCAGACAGUGGAUCCACCACCUAUUACAGCAGCAAAUAUAGGCCCGGUCCAUGUCCACAAUGCUGGAACAGUCAUCUUCAGUUUACUCAACCAGUUCACUGGUAUGGGUGGAGGGAUGGAAGAGAGAGUGCAGAAAGAGAGGGAUGAGGAAGGAUGUCCGACCCACCCCACACCCUCCCCUAACAUCCAUCUAUCCCAGGAGGAAAGGGAUGGGGAGAUGGACUGUGUAUUCUUCCCUUCACAGGAACAAGGGAAGGACAGUCACGUUUCCAAAGAGGAGGUGCAUUGAGGGGAGGGGGAUUGAGGACAGAGGACGCACCAAGUGAAAGCUUCCCUUCUAGGAUCAGUUUUAGCCAACCAUACAUCCUAAUGUUAAUCAUAAGGAGGAUUAAGACUGGUCUGACCUUGGAUCAGUGGUAAAGGACAACAUCUACCUAUGGCUCUAUUCAGUCUGUAUCACUGAAGCGUUACAGAUUGCUUGAUAGAAAUGUAAAGGUCAUUUUUGAUUGAGCCGACAUAUGCAGUGUUUAACGUGAAUGCAGUCUCCACUGACGUGAGAACAUUGCCUUUACAUUUCUAUCAGGCUGUAAAGCUGAUCUUCUGAGAUACAUGGAGCCCUUACUCGCAGUCUCAACUGCUGCAAACUGUUUUUUUCUGUGUUCAUGUGGCACUUUGAACUGUUUUUGCACAAAUUAAAACCAAAAUAUGAAAUAUAA